AUGACGACCGUCGGGACACAGGCGCAAUGGAAAAGUGCUGCAUGUCUUACGUCGUUCGAUGGCUAUUUCGCUGCUUUGCGUCGACUCAUCUCGUGCUGUUCGUGUCGUGAUGUUCAUCCAGCGGAACAACUGGAACUGAAGCAGCAGCUGAUCGAGACCGACACAGUCCAGUGGCGCCUGCAGUCGGACUCAGCCAGCGACGCCAACUGCCACGUCGUGCGACGAGUUGCUGGAGUCGACAUCAGUUUCCUCAGAGGUUCGGACGAGCACGCGUGUGCCUCCAUCGUGGUGCUGGACUACCCGUCCCAAGCUCUGCUGUACGAAGCAUUCGUCUACGUCGCGCUGCCAGCUCCGUACGUUCCUGGGUUCCUGGCGUUCCGGGAAGUUCCAGCUCUGACAAAGCUGUACGACGAUCUCCGGCGUCGCCGUCCAGACCUGCUGCCUGACGUGACACUGGUGGACGGCAAUGGGGUGCUGCAUCCGCAGGGCUUUGGUCUCGCCUCGCACUUUGGUGUGCUACGAGGCAUUCCGACGAUCGGCAUUGGCAAGACGUUCCUUCACGUUGAUGGGCUGACAAAGUGUAUCGUGAAGAGACUGAUGGCCGAAGCUCGAGAAGACGACGGGACGCACGACGUGGUGGAGCUGACAGGAAAGUCUGGAAAGGUAUGGGGCGCGGCAGUAUGCAGCACAGCGGACGUGAAGAAUCCCAUCUACGUGUCGAUUGGACACAUGGUAUCCCUCGACACGGCCAUUGCAAUUGCUCGAGCGUGCGCCCAGCACCGCGUGCCCGAACCCAUCCGGCAAGCCGACCAGCGGUCCCGCGCCGUUAUCCGGCAGUGGACCAGCAGCAACGCCGUCGACAUGACGCUCGACCUAUUCCACGUCCAUGCGCCAUACUGA